AAAGGCCCAAUGUUCAUUUUCAUCUGAACUAAUCUCUUGGGCAUUAGAACUACUAGGUUCAAACUUACAGUUUGUCAUCUCAUUCGUCGGCGAAUCUCCGAUUUGGCUACACCACCGGUGCUUGAGGCUGAGCAACUAGUGAAGAGAUCAUCUAGCAACCAUGGAUUCUCCGUCUAAUUCAGUGAAAACGGUUUCGGACGACGAUGAGAUUGAUUACUCCAUCAAACCAGAAUUCUAUGAUUCUGAUCUCGACGAUAAAGAUGAGCUAUGGAUGGUUAAGAAAAGAGAUGGUCGAACUUCUGAUGCUGUACUUAGCUGUCCUGCUUGUUUCACCACUGUCUGCUUAGAGUGUCAAAGGCACGAGCAGUAUGUGACACAGUUCAGGGCAGUCUUCGUGGUCAAUUGCGAAGUAGAUAAAGACAAAGUUUUACAACACAGUGCAGUACCCUCAAAAGUUGGUAAACGAAUGAGAGACUCCGAGAAGCAAGAAACUGGUUCUGCAGAUAAUGAAAGACUUAACCCGGUCAUUUGCUCAACUUGUUCCACAGAGAUCGGAGUCGUUGACGGUGAAGAGAUUUACCAUUUCUUUAAUGUCAUUCCAAGCGAGCCUUGAAACCAGUUCCUUUAUGAGUUGUUUGUAACAAUUUCCCAACUGGUUCUUUUAGGUUCCAUUUGUUUGUGUCUGUGUUUAGUUUUCGUGUAUAUCUUUUAAUACGAAUCUACAACCUUAACAUUUUAAUCAAAACAAUCCGCAAC